UACGAUUUCCAGCGGUGAGUCGUCCCGUCAUUGAGUUUUUCCGCUGCUAGUCACGUCGGGGCGAGAAACAGCCCCGGGGGGGUUCCAAAGAGAAAUGGUCACCACGUGUCGUGGCCAACCACGGGUUUGCAUUAUUCAACCGGGCGGUCCUUCGCGUCGCCUUUUGCGCAUGGCACGGUCAUGUAAUUACAGCUGGGCAUCAUUUCGGGAGCCUGCAGACGUCCCAAAAGUUUAUCAACUCGGUCCUUCCCCCCUCUCGUCCCUGGGCAGCGGGAUUUUUGACCUUUACGACCACCGCACAGACAGCUUCACUGCCCAGUCUUUUGAUCAGUCUGCCCACGAUCAAUCAUGCGCUUCACCUUGGUCAUCCCGCUCCUGGUGGCUUCUGCCGCCGCCACUCUCCACGAGCUCGCUCUCGAGGCGGGUCUCGAGUACUUUGGCGCCGCCACCGAUGCGCCCGGCCAGAGAGAGCGGGCAGGUCUGAACGCAGCCUACCCUCAGUACGAAGCCGUCCUGCGUGAGGAGUUUGGACAGACGACCCCCACCAACGGUCAAAAGUGGCUGUUCGUCGAGCCCUACCCCGGCGUCUUCAACUUCACCGAGGGCGAGAUCAUCUCGGCGGUGGCCGCCAACAACUCGCAGAUCCUGCGCUGCCACGCGCUGGUCUGGCACUCGCAGCUCGCGCCCUGGGUGGAGGCCAAGACGGACUGGACGCCCGACAGCCUCCGAGCCGCCAUCGUGCGGCACGUCAGCACCGUGGCGGCGCACUGGCGCGGCCGCUGCACGCACUGGGACGUGGUCAACGAGGCGCUCAACGAGGACGGCACCUACCGCGAGUCCGUCUUCUACCGCGUCCUGGGCGAGGAGUACAUCAAGCUGGCUUUUGUCGAGGCCGCCAAGGCCGACCCCGAGGCCAAGCUCUACUACAACGACUACAACCUCGAGUCGGUCGGGCCCAAGAGCGAGGGCGCCAGGAGGAUCGUCAGGAUGCUCAAGGACGAGGGCAUCAAGAUUGACGGCGUCGGCAUGCAGGCCCACCUCAUCGCCCACAACGCCCCCAGCCUGGACCAGCAGAUUGCCGUCAUCGAGUCCUACGCCGAGGAGGGGGUCGAGGUUGCCAUCACGGAGCUUGAUGUGCGUCUGCAGCUCCCUGCCAACGCGACCAACCUGGAGCAGCAGAAGCAGGUGUACAAGAAUGCCGUCGGUGCUUGCGUCCAGGUCAAGGCCUGCGUCGGCAUCACCAUCUGGGAUCUGUACGACCCCUUCAGCUGGGUGCCCUACGUGUUCCCGGGAGAGGGCGCCGCUCUCUUGUGGUUUGAGGACUUUUCCAAGCACCCUGCCUACGACGGUGUGGUUGAGGCUUUGACCAACGGCACCAAGUGUGAGAAGAGCAAGAGGAAGCGAUCUCGCAUUGAGCGCAGCGCAAAGCUGUACUGAGAGGUUGGCUUGGCCAAUGAUGCGGCAUCGUAGCAGCCUAUGAUGACACAGUAUUAGGACAGUACUGUGUGAUUGGUCGCACGUCUGGCAUUGCGGUGUCUGAAAUCUAGUGGUGUCCAUGAUCAAGUGGGCGUAAUGUAUAGGUGCCUAGACUAGACACAGUUUCUAAUAAAGCAAAAUGCAUGCUGUGA